AUGAGGUAUUGUAUUGUGAAGAACUCGUGGGGCGGCGAUUGGGGAGACGGCGGGUUCAUCUAUAUGCGCAAGGAUGCCGGCAAUAGGUGCCAUGUUGCCGACCAUUGUGUCCAGUUAUUGGAAUAUUUGGACGAUAAGCAGAAUUUAGAGAAUGCUUUCAAUGAAUUUAAGUACGAAUUCUACAAACUGUAUGAAUCGAGUGAAGAGGACCGUCGGAAGGAACAGAUAUUCCGGGACAACAUGUUGCGAGUGUACGGACACAACCUGAAAGCUCUGGACGGCACGUAUUCGUAUACAUUACGGGUCAGUAGGUUCGCGGAUUUGACUCCUCAGGAGUUUAGACAGAAUCACACGAAUUGCACGUUCGUAAUGAACCGACCCAUUGCUUACUAUAAGUCUAACUCGGCUUCUGUUGACUCCCACACCGGCGAUAAGAGCUGGUCUGUCGAUUGGCGCGAUCAAGGAGGUAGUUGUGGAUCCUGUACAUUGUUCGCAAUGGCAGCACUGGUAGAGAGUUAUUGGGCCCGUAGUGGCCAUGGAGUCACCACACUUAGCACUCAACAAAUGCUCGACUGUUACCGUAACGCUUCCUGUGAAGGAAAAGGUGUAUGUGAUCGGGACAGGGAGUCGAAACGAGUGGCGACAAUAGGAGAAGUGAGUGUAAACUAUCCUGAAAGCCAAGACUCGCUCAUGAGUCUCGUGCGCGAUAACGGUCCGGCUUUCGUGGUCGUACACGUGGGCAUUGACUGGCGCAUAUACGGCCAGGGAGUGCUCACCCACCAGUGUGAGGGCGAGCGGGUGGGAGGUGCUUAUAGUCACGCGGUUCUUGUGGUCGGUUACGGAUAUGAUAAAGAGCUGGACAGACAUUACUGGAUCCUCAAGAACUCUUGGGGUGACACGUGGGGUGAAGGAGGUUACAUGCGGUUGCAUCGUAACACCAUCACAAAGUGUCCCCUGUUCCAAUUUUCAUACCAACUGCCGUACAACACUGGUCAGUCUCCGGGUUCCACUUUGACCGCAUUCAUCUAUAUGCGCAAGGAUGCCGGCAAUAGGUGCCAUGUUGCCGACCAUUGUGUCCAGUUAUUGGAAUAUUUGGACGAUAAGCAGAAUUUAGAGAAUGCUUUCAAAGAAUUUAAGUACGAAUUCAGUAUAUCGUAUAAAUCAAGCGAAGUGGACCGCCAGAGGGAACACAUAUUCCGGGACAACCUGUUGCGAGUGUACGGACACAACUUGAAAGCUCUGGACGGCAAGUAUUCGUAUACAUUACGGGUCAGUGGGUUCGCGGAUUUGACUCCUGAGGAGUUUAGAAAGACACACACGAAUUGCACGUUCGUAAUGAACCGACCCAUUGCUUACUAUAAGUCUAACUCGGCUUCUGAUGACUCCCACACCGACGAUAAGAGCUGGUCAGUCGAUUGGCGAGAUCAAGGAGAAAAUUGUGGAUCCUGUUCCUUGUUCGCAAUGGCAGCACUGGUAGAAAGUUAUUGGGCCCGUAGUGGCCACGGAGUCACCACUCUUAGCACUCAACAAAUGCUCGACUGUUAUCCUAUGGUUACCUAUGAAAAAGGAGUGAAUAUGACGGGUACAUGUGAUCGGGAAAGGGAGGCGAAACCUGUGGUAACCAUUGGAGAACAGAGAGAAGACUAUCCUAGAAACGAAAACACUUUCAUGAGUCUUGUGCGCGAUAACGGUCCGGCUGUUGUGGUCGGCAUAUUCGACGGCCCCUGCGAUGGAGAUAUCAAUCACGCGGUACUUGUGGUGGGCUAUGGAUAUGACAAGCCCUCGGAUAUGAGGUAUUGGAUUGUGAAGAACUCGUGGGGCCGCGACUGGGGAGACGGCGGGUUCAUCUAUAUUCGCAAGGAUGCCGGCAAUAGGUGCCAUGUUGCCGACCAUUGUGUCCAGUUAUUGGUAUACUACUAUUUGCCGGAUCAAUUCUAUUAA